GCUACCAAAAUGGUCGAGUGGACAGACUUUGAGCGCACCACCAUCCAGGACAUCUUUGCCAAGAUGGACUAUGAGGUCGUGGGCCCUGCAGCUCUUUCCAGGUGCCUGGUCGUCUACCCCUGGUGUGAGAGGUAUUUCGGUAAUUUUGGAAACCUCUACAAUGCCGCUGCUAUCGCUGCAAACCCGAUGAUUGCCAAUCAUGGAAAAACUAUCCUGCACGGUCUGGACCGGGCUGUGAAGAACAUGGACAACAUCAAGCAAGAAUAUGCCGAGCUGAGCGUGCUGCACUCAGAGAAACUGCACGUGGACCCUGACAACUUCAAGCUGCUGGCUGACUGCCUGACCAUUGUGGUUGCUGCCCAGAUGGGAAAUAACUUCAAUGGAGAGGUCCAGGCAGCUUUUCAGAAGUUCCUGUCGGUGGUGGUGACCUCCCUGGGAAGGCAGUACCACUAGAGAGCUGCAACAGAGGACCAUCACAU